AGCAAAUAUAUAAGUUUGACAUGUAGCAGCCCGCACAUUUGAAAAUGAAAACAUAAAUUGCGCAUGUCAUAUUAUCAAGUGUAAUCAUAGUUUAGGGUUCGUGAUUUAAACUUAUUUCUUAUAUUUUUAAUUUUCAAAAUUAUUAAUAAAAAUGUCAGAUGCCACGUCACGAAAGGUGAAAAGAUUUUCAGAAUCUGAUAGAAAUUCCGAAUUUGAUGCUGCAACACAAAAAGCUUUGGAAGAAAUUGAUGUUUGUCAAAAUGAAAUUGAUAGUAUUAAUGAAAAAUCCAGUGAAGAGAUAUUAAAAAUUGAACAAAAGUACAAUCGACUAAGAAAACCGUUUUAUGAAAAAAGAAAUAAUUUGAUCAGCAACAUCCCUAAUUUCUGGAUUACAGCUAUUAUGAACCAUCCUGAUUUAAGUGCUCUACUGGAUGAAACUGAAGAAGAUUGUCUUCACCAUCUUACAAAAUUAGAAGUAGAAGAAUUUGAUGAUAUUAAAUCAGGAUAUUGGAUAAAAUUUUAUUUUGAGGAGAAUCCAUACUUUGAAAAUUCAGUUAUUACUAAAGAAUAUCAUUUAGAUAGCGCAACACCUACUUCAGAGAGUACUCAAAUAAUCUGGAAAGAAGGUUGUUCUCUUGCUCAAAAUGUUGAGGCAAAUAAGCCUGGGAAAAAGCGUCGCCAUGAACCUGCUAAGACAUUUUUUAGUUGGUUUAAUGAUAAUGUAGAUCCCUAUACCGAUGACAUAGCUGAGAUUAUUAAGGAUGAUCUUUGGCUUAAUCCCCUUCAGUACUAUCUAGUACCUGACGUUGAAGGAGAUGGAGAGAAUGGUGUUGAUGCUGAAGAAGUAAGUAGCAGUGAAGAUGAUGAAGAAAGGGAAGGAGGAGAAGAAGAAAGUAGGAAUCAACGCAAGUAAUUUCCUUGUGAAAAGUAUCUUCGGUGGCUAUAAAUUUUUUAUUUUGGGAAGUAUCACUUGAUAUACAAGUCAUAUUUUCCACAUUCUUAUAUUAUUAAACAAUAUUUACAGUUGCAUUUAUUCAAUAGCAACUGUCAUAAGUAGUUCAUAUCUUAAAUAAUUAAUGAUAAAGAUAUGCAUUAAUUUUUCAAUUUCUGCAUAACAAUAUUUUGAAUUACAUGAAACAUAUCAACAAACAAAAUGCAAUGUGUCUUAGAGUAAUGUCAGGAAAAUUAAUAUUCCCAUAAUAUAUUCAUAUUUACUGUAUUUAUGGAAACGUCAGUUAUACAAAUACUAAACUUUACUACCAGUAUACCAACACUCACAAAACACCGUCUAGUACUUUGAGUCUGGUGUGAAGCAGUAAUCUAUGGAAGUCUCCAAAAACCAGAUGGUGAACAGUGUGUGUAGAAUAUUUGACAGUGAAUAAGAAUACAAAUAUAGUUUUCGUCAAAUUUCAAAUUUGUUUUUGACAGGAAGAAAAAUAAAUUUGAUUGCAUCUUAAUCUACUAUUGUUUUCUUUACCAAAUUUUAUUUCUCUGAGGCUAUUUGCUUUGGUUACAAUGAUUGUGAAAUGAUGCAGUAGAUAGCUAUUAUGUAAAUCUUUAUUAUAAUUAUUAUAGUUUUAUUAUUUUCAAAAAAAUUGACCAAGUUGUGGUCAAUCUGCAGUGAGAAAUAUAAAUGUACAUUAUGAAAAUAUAACCAAAUAUUUACUAAUAGAUUAACGAAUAAAAAUAACUAAAGUAAUUUAUCGAACCGUUGAUAAUAUUCAUAUUGAACACACAGUAAAACUUCCAUUACAUUAAAACUCGCAGAAGUAACUGUAUACCUUCAGUCUCGGUUGAUUGAAACGCUCCUCAGACAGUGUAGUGGUAGUAAUCAGUGUGUUCAUUAUGAGUACAAAUAAGUAAAAUUCUAUAGUAUAACUAAAUUAUUGUCCUUCCUAGUAUGUUAUUUCGAAUGGUGGUGUGGGUUGAGGACUCAAAAUAAAACUGUCUAAAAGUUUUUUAAAAUGCCAACGUUGCCAACACAUAUGGCAGAGAGCCUCGAUAAAGAUGAAUUAAAAAAUCAAAACGUUGGCAUUUUAAAAAACUCUUGGACAGUUUUAUUUUGAGUCCUCAACCCGUAACACUAUUCAAAAUUAUUCAAAAGUUUUUUGAAGAUCACGAGUAAAUCCAAAGUCAAUUGCUUCACUUUUUCUAACCUACUCAACUGUAUAAAUAUUAAGAAACUGAUGAAAUAUUAAUUUGUAUAUAAUUAAUUUGAUCAGUAUCAUAUUAUCAGUUCUUGUAAGGGUCAUGGGACUAGGUGAAACGAUAUUUUGUUAACUAAUUUAAUUUCAACAAGGAAAUUAGUUUCUGUUAGUAUUGAAAAUAUGAAUAUAUUCGUUCUGAUGCUAAUAUGUACUAAUUGAUUUAAGAAUUUUAUGCAUCUUUGCUAGAACUACAGAUUUUUUUGGUAAAACAUGACUAUCGAUAGCCCCAAAUAGAAAGUUUUAAAACCAGGCAUGUUAAAUAAGUUUUGUUUUUAUAUCAAAAUGUGCAGUUCUAGUUGUUUAAUAAUUUUUUUGUCCAUUUGGGUCUAAUCAGAAUUAUUAUUUGAUUUUUGUUGUAGUUGUUCUGUUUGGAGUGUAAAUUUUAAUAUAAAUGUAGCUUA